CAGAUCAAUUCAAUUUAACGUAUAAGAAAAUGCGAGUCCUCACUCGACGGCUGUCCGCCGCUCUUCGCUCAUACGCCGCCGCCGGAGCUCACCACAGCCGCAGGAAUUUCUCAACGUACAGCCUCCGAAUUAAAUCCCAGCCAUUGGGAGGAGGCCUCCUCGAGUCGCCGUGGUCCGCCACCCAGCUCCGCGGCGCCAGAUUCUCCGGCGGAGAUGUGAAACCGGGAAACGUCAUUGAAAGAAGAGGAAAGAUUUAUGAGGUGAUUAAGGCACAACAUAGCACCCAAGGAAGAGGAGGAGCUAUCAUACAGGUGGAGCUCCGUGAUGUUGAUAGUGGGAAUAAAGUGAAUGAAAGGUUGCGAACAGAUGAGAGCGUUGAAAAGAUAUAUGUUCAGGAGAAGUCAUUUGAAUACCUUUACACUGACGAUGGGGAUACAGGAAAUGUUGUUUUAAUGGACCCUAAAACCUAUGACCAGCUAGAAGUACAACCACACUUAUUUGGUGAAUCUCGUGUGUUCCUUCAAGAUGGUAUGGAAGUCUCCGUCCAACUUUAUGAUGAUAGACCCUUGUCAGCAUCAAUUCCAAAUAAAGUAACAUGUACAGUUGUUGAAGCGGCGGAAGCACAAAAGGGAAGUGGGACCCCACCUUAUAAGAGGGCUUUGUUGGACAAUGGUUUAACUGUCCAGGUCCCUGCUCAUAUUACAACUGGAGAUAAGAUUAUUAUCAAUACAACAGACAACUCUUAUGUUAGCAGGACUUGAACAGUAGUAGACUGGAUCAGUUUGUGGCCAAGCAAUCAUUUUGAAGAAGUGAGUUACCCUUUUAGUUGCUAGAUUGAUAUGAGAUGAUACGAUAUGUUCAUCCUUUUUAAGGUUUAAUAAGGUUGCUUAAUAUGGUACUAAGAGACUUGAGCAGAGUGAAAGUUCAUUUUUGUAACAAAAUCUUGAUCUAUUGCAGCAGAUAGUAAGUAUUCCUAAACUCUUAAUUAUGAAUGUCAAUUCGACUAAACUAUUCAGUUUUGGGCCAA